CUGAUGAGCAUUCACUGAAUUCGGAAUUGGGGUGGAUCAGGUUUUAGUUUUUUGGUUUUCUAUCUCUUACAAAUAACGGAUGGUUGGGUAUCUGAUCCAAUUUUGAAGGGUUUCAGCUUUGUAACUGGUGUAACGAAAUUUUGGGUCGUUUGAAUUUUGGGUUAUUUUGGAGGGUUUUAUGUGUGGAAAGGGUAAUGGCUGCAGGGACUGAUUUAUCGCGUCCUUUUACUGUAUUAGAUGGUCGAUUCUGUAAUGAUAAUAGGCCACCCAUUGGCGAUGAGAACUCCGAGGCCCUGGAGAGCUUGAAACAGAUGAAUAUCGGGAAACCUCCUUGGCACCUUUCGGUCAUUCGGCAUUGCAUCAGCAGUGCUCAGCUGGUGGCUGAAGACGAAUUGGAGUUGAAUAUUGAGAAUAUUGGCCCCAAAUCACCAGCAAACGAGAAGUCUGUGUUUUUACCCAUUUUUCGCUCUGGGAGUUGUUCAGAUAAAGGACCCAAACAGUACAUGGAAGAUGAGCACUUAUGUAUAGAUAAUCUACUUGAACAUCUUGGAGAAGUUGCAAAUUUCCCAUCACCAGGGGCUUUCUAUGGGGUGAGUAACAUAAAUACUGCUGAUGCAUCUUCCGAUUUGUCAUUGGUUGUUAAUUUGCCAUACCAUUCAUCCUCAUCUGGUACAAUAAAAUCAUGGUAUGGCUAGACGCUUGCUUUUAUGGCUAAUGAAGAUAAAUGGUGUAAUUUAUUUUAUAUUUUCAGUUUCUUUACUAAUUCCAUUCAAUCAUGAUCAUGGAACCUCUCAUUUUCCAUCAUUUGAAAUUUAAGAGAUAAUUGGGGAACAAACCAUUUGGUGGAUUUGCACCCGUUC